GGAGAGUAGAGCUGAAUCGGGGUUGACGUAAGAGUCCCGUUCUACGCCGCUGCUGCGCUGUGGAGGGCUGCAACGCUGCUGCUCGCGGGCUGAAAAAAACAUGUUCCAUUCGUCUAGGAUUAGGCAUAUUAUACCCGUGGUUAUUGACAACAUUUGACAUGUGGAUACUAUUGACACGAUAAUAAUAUCAUCGUUGACAACCUGCUUAAACAUGUUCCACUCAGACCACAGAGUCAAUUUCCAUGACCUCUCCUUCAACAUUCCAGGCCCUGGAGCCUUGGGUCUAGCAUCUAACCACUGAACCAACUCCCUGUCCGAUACCCCUCCACAUACCCUACACCCCCACCCCAGCACCCACACAGCCUUUCCCCCUGCCCCCUGUCUGAACCCCUAUACCCAGGUACACCCAGGGACCAUGGACAGCCCCCCCAAGCUGUCUGGCGAGACCCUGAUCGUUCACCACAUCCCCCUGGUACACUGUCAGGUGACUGGGGGGCGGCAGGGCUGUGGUGGGGGAGGGGGGUCCCUGAAGAGAUCAAACCCUUUCAGCUACACAGAAACCCUGGGCUUGAGCCGCACCACCUCCCUUCCUGAGCAGGAUGUACUCCAGAGGGAAGCCCUGGUGUACAGCAGCCUCAUCCAGACCUCCACAGGAGGAGGAGGAGGAGGAGAGGGAGAUGGAGGAGGAGGAGGGAGAGGAGGCAGCACGGGGAGCGAUGAUUCGUCGGUGACGUCCAGUAACUGCGAGGACCAGGUGAUGGUGAUGGUGGCCCACACUAUGCCCAGGGUGAAGCCAAGGGAACAGGUCAACAACCCACUCCGGCUCCGUCACAACCCUUUUCUGCUCAACACGGAGGAGGAUGAUGAUGAUGAGGAUGAGGAAGAGGAGGAAGAUGAUGGUGAUAACCUGAAUGGUUACUUGGAAGACUCCUCCUUUCAUCUCCAUGGCGAUACAAACUCCGCCCUGGACGAGAAGGGAGACGGGAUUGCACCCUUUCACCUCCACGACCUGGGGUCCACCACACACAAGCCCUUCCUGUUGCACAGCACCCUGGGUAAGCACUCUUGGGGCUGCUCAGGGAGGCUGGACUCCCUUAGGGGCGGGUCCUCUGAUCUCUCCACCCACCUGGAGGGCCUGGACCUGCUGGGAUUGGACAGUCCACGUCUCCAUGGCAGCAGUGGCUCCACCCUCUCCAUGGACUGCGGAGAGCAGGAGUGGGGUGAGGAUGAGGAGGAGGAUCACCCAGUGAGGGGUGGGGGACGGGGCAGUAGCCAAGCUGACUCCUGCUGCGGCCUCUCCCAGACGUAUCUUGAACACUUUCCGGAACCAUUUUCAGAGUUGUCGGAACGCCAGCUGGGCUACGCCAGCGACUCUUCCUGUAACAGCUCAGAUGGCGUGCUGGUUAACUUCAGCGCCAUCUAUAAUAACAUGAACAACAGCGUCCCGGCAACCUCUACCAAGCCGCCACCUCUGGCCACCACGACCACCAACCUCAACAGCUCCACCGACCAAUCUUGCACCUCCUCUGUCUGCAUCUGCUCAGUGCUGGAUGAGGAGGCAGGGAGCCGAAGAGGCUCCGGAGGUGGGGGGGCAUUCUACCUAGACCUCCACACCUCCCCCACCGAACCCCCCCACCUCCACUCUCAACAACCCCCCUGCCCCUCCAACAACACCCUGCCGUUACUCAUCGAACCCCACUCUCACCCUCACCCCACCACCUCCUCCUGCACCUGCUCAGCUGAACACCAGGGGGCUCUAGACCUGGACGCCAACUGCAACUCCUAUCACCCCCCCCACUCCGACUCAGGAAGUGACCUCAUGUCCUGUCUGCAGAGCCAGGCGCGUCUGGUGGUAACCACCCAGAACUACUACAAGCUGGUGACCUGUGACCUUUCGUCUCCGUCACCCCCGAGCCCUGCGGGAAGCUCCACGUCGGUUACCAGCUGCUCUGACGAGCACAGCAAGGAUAGCCCUGCCCCUGACACACCCACCGCCACCCAGCCAACCGAAUACUACCUGUUCAGGCGGCCACCGGGGGGAGAGGAGGAGGAGGAGGAGGAGGAGGAGGAGGGGGAGGAGGAGGAGGAGGAGGAAGAGGAAGAGGAAGAGGAGGAGGGAGGAGAGUCAUCACAGCGUCAUGAAGAUGAGGAAGAAAAUGAUGAAGACGAGCAGGACGGGAAGAAGAGGAAUCAGCAGCAGCAGAUGGGUGGAGCCUGUUCAGAUCCAAUCAUUGAGGGCCAGGUGUACGUCAACAUCUCCCCUCCUGUGGUUGGCCGAGGACCCAUCGGAGGUGGGCCCAGCCGCCCCCGUUCCCGUAGCUACGACCGGAACCUGGACAUGUCCCCGCCCCCUCGGCUUGGCUCAUUGGAGCGCAUGCUGAGCUGCCCUGUCCGUCUCAGUGAGGGCACCGCCCACCUGGGCCCGCCCCCUCUGCCGCGGGUCACUUCCUUUGCAGAGAUUGCCAGGAGCAAGAGGAAAAAUGGAGGAAGCACUGGCUCUCCUUCUCUUAGGAUGGGGGGAUGUACAGAUCCCUUCUCCUCCACCCACUCAGCCCACUCCCACUCCUCGGCCGACUUCUCCCCCAUCCUGGAGGGCCUGGGUCAGGGUCCUAGCCACAGCCAAAGUUUGCCCUUCCAGCGCUGCUACAGCCAGGGCAGUGUGGACCGCCACUCACCUGGUGGUGGCGCCAGAGAGACACGCUCCAAGGCCGAAGGUGGUCUCUCCAGCUCUUCAUCCAGCUCAGCAGUGGUGCGUUACACUAAAGACCAGCGUCCCACCACCCUCCCCAUUCAACCCUUCACCUUCCACCACCAGUUCUCCAAGCCGCCCCAGCCCCUGCUUCCCCUGCUGACAGGCUACGUCUCUGGGAUGCAGGCCCGGGGUGGAGGGCCUUCUGGAGGUCCGGAGGGUGGUGAAGGCGCCAACGACCCAGGGGAAGACUCGAUGCGUUGGUGCCAGGGUAGUGGUGGUGAUGGGAUGGAGACAGCAGUGGCUCACCUUGGUCCUGGCUCGGUCCGACCCUCGCCACUGGGUAGCUAUUCCCCGGUCCGCCUCCAUGGAGCGACAUCCAGCACAGGGACCUGUUCUACCUGUACCCCCAGCCCCCAGCCACCUCGUAGCCUCUCCUGCCCCCUCUCCACCGGGCUCCUGCCCCUUCACCAUACCCCUUCACCAGCAGCACCACCGGCAGCUUCCGCUCUGCCACCCACACCUCCGCCCCCAACAUUGGGGGUGAAGCGGGGUGCGGUGCCCCCCAUGUUGCCUCCGGUGCAGGGCCAGGUGCAGGGUCACCACCACCACCGUGGGACCCUGCCCACUUUACCAGCCGUUCCCCAGGACAGUGAGACUUCGCUGGGAUACGAGGAGACAUCAGACUCCCUAGAGGGGAGCAGAGGACCAGGGCCCAGGACACAACAUGGGCACCACCUCUCUCCACAGACUCUGAAAUGGAGGGAGUAUCGUCGAAAGAACCCAUUAGGGGUGGAGAGGUGUUCCUUGGGGGGCUCUGCAGGGUCAGGUGUACCGCCUCUAUCAGGCAGUCUGGACGGGAACGGUCGUAGGGGCGGGGCCGGGGGUCAGCGAGUCACACGAAGGAACGUGUUUGACUUCCCUCCGGCCUCUAGUGGCCACGCCCCCCUGGGACGACUCAACGGCCAGUCUGUGAAGCAGCUGCAGCAGUACUACAGUGACUUCUUGCCAGACUACUUCUCCAUGACCGAGCGUCCUCCAGAAGAGUUCUGUCUCUCUCCGGAUGCCUCCUCUUCCUCAUCCUCCUCCUCUUCCUCACAGUCCCACAUCGCUGUGGACCUGCAGCAGAAGAGAGGUUUAGUCAAAGCCAUUAAUACAGCGGUAGAUUUAAUCGUAGCUCAUUUUGGCACUAGUCGGGACCCUGAUGUGAAGGCGAAGCUGGGUAACAGUUGGGUAAGUCCCAACGUGGGCCACCUGAUCCUGAAGUACCUGUGUCCCGCUUUAACGGAGGUGCUGGGAGAUGGGCUGAAGGCCUAUGUCCUGGACCUGAUCAUAGGACAGAGACGCAACCAGCCCUGGAGCCUGGUAGAGGCCUCCACACAACUAGGCCCAUCCACCCGUGUUCUCCACAGCCUGUUCUCCAAGGUGUCCCAGUACUCAGAGUUCACCAGCCACAGUAUGAGACUCAACGCAUUCAUCUUCGGACUGCUCAACUUGCGAUCUUUGGAGUUUUGGUUCAAUCACCUCUACACUCAUGAAGACAUCGUAGCGACCCACUACCACCCGUGGGGUUUCCUGCCGUUGUCCCAGAGGCCCUGCCAGCCUCUAUUCGAGGAGUUCCUUCUCCUCCUGCAGCCUCUAUCCCUGUUGCCCUUUGACCUUGACCUGCUCUUUGAGCCCCGAUUAGUCCAGAAGGGCCAGGAACACCGUAGACGCAAGGAGCAGCUCUGCUCCGCCUCCACCGGCGAGGACCUGGACCAAUCAGCACGCUCCACCUUCCAGCUCAUGAGGGGGUGGAGCACAGAGUCACGGAGGGCGGAGUCUAUGAGAGAUAAAAGGGAAGGGGGCGGGGCGGGGAAGAGAGAGAGGCUGGGUCUGAGACGAGAAGGAACGUGGCCUAGGAUGGAAGGGGUUGGAGAGAGAGGGAGUAGAGAAGGGAUGAUGCAGAGGACAGGGUCUAGGAGAGAAGGGGCAGGGAUGGAUUGUUUAGGAGCAGGACUUUUAGAAGCACAGCCAAUGACGACGGAAGUAGGGACAGGGUUUGCCAAUCUGUGGAGGGAGAGUGGGAGGGGGAGGGGCAUAGUAAAGAGAGCAAAGGGGGUGGGAGGAGAGAGCCAGAGGGAAGGGGAAAGUGAGGGAGGGAAGGAGGAGAGGAGGAAGGAGAGAGAGAGGGAUUGGGCGGAGGAGGGUCGUCAGCGGCAGGAGCGUGAUCGACAGGCGUGCUGGUGGUACCAGCUCAUGCAGAGCUCCCAGGUCUACAUCGACCAAUCAGCUCAGGGGGGCUCAAAGUUUGUCAAGACUGAGAAGAGGAAGAAGUCUGCGGAGAGGCGGAGCCAGCUCCCGCCCCCCAGGGAGGGCGUGGUGGAAGGGGCGGAGUCUAGCCAGGAUGAGGAGGGUCUCAGAGAGAGAGGGAGAAGCAGGAAGAGCAGCUCCAGCUCCAGUGGUGAGUGGACAGGGUCCAGGGGAAGAGGAAGACUCUCCUGGAUGGGGAGUCCCCCAGAGUCGCUGCUCACCCAGGACAAGGAGAACGAGACGGAACUGGGGGCCCCAGUGACAGGAGCACCAGAGGCCUCAGUGGCCCAGCCAGCGGCCCAGGCUGAGUGUCCCUCCCAGGGCCAGGGCAUGCGUUGGGGUAGGCUGUUUGGGUCCAGCGUAGGAGGUGGUGGCACCCCCUCCAGGCCAGAGCAGAGAUCAGCCAAAAGUCAGAGCAGGCUGCCGUCCGGCUGGCUGACAGGUUUGGACAUGUCCGUGCUGGACCUCGUAGCUCAGACGGUGGGGGCGGGGACAGUUAAGAGGGUGGAGCCUUCAGCUCCUAUGGCCCCUCCCACUCUGAACCAACCCUCUCCACCUCUUCAGACAACACAGGAGAGCCACACCAAACAACCCUGUGAAGUGCGAGCUCUGUGCCACCACAUAGCCACGGAGCCUGACCAGCUGAGUUUCCAGAAAGGGGACGUACUGAGGGUCCUGAGCCGGGCCGACUCCGACUGGCUCCUCUGCUCCCUGGGGGCCCAGCGGGGCCUGGUGCCUUUCAUCUAUGUUACCCUGAGGGGCAUGGAGGACAGCCAGGCACCCCAAUGGCCUCAGGGGCCACACUGACCUGACAGACUCAACUAGGGUUUCAAAAUUCAGUUUUUUCAGAAAUCACUGUUGGGAGAUUCCUGGAAUCAAGAGGAAAUAAGGAGGAAAUCUGUGUUUCCUCCAACCGGGAUUUCUGGUAAACCUAGGGAUUUUGGGAACGUUAGCCUGAACCGAGGGGCCACAUUAAGGAAGGGAGAGUGGGGAAAGGAGGAAAGGUCUCAGAGGGCCAAAUAUGGAUGUACAGUAUAUAUUCACUGAGUGGAUACAAGACGAUGGAUACUCAUGGAGGAUGCUGAUAUGACUGGUUUAAAGUGUAAUUAUUGUACUGUGGGAUGAGUACGAAACACAGACAGAUACAGACACACACACACACACACACACACACACACACACACACACACACACACACACACACACACACACACACACACACACACACACACACACAAACACACACACAAACACACAAAGAAACAGAUGUAAACAUGCAUGUAUGUACAUAAACAUAUACAAACAGGCGCAAACAAACAGACUUCUCUACGCAUGCAUCUACACUAAACUCAUGCAUGCAUACAUUCAAAGACUAUACACACUCACACACACACACACCCACACACACACACACACACACACACACACACACACACACACACACACACACACACACACACACACACACACACACACACACACACGCACACAAACCAAACCAAGACAAACUGUAUGGGAAUACCAAACAGAGACACAUGGCUAGCUACAGAGACUGCCUCAGCUCAGCCAAUAUAUAUAUAUACCACACCUAGCUGUGCUUUACUUUACCAUGCACCAGAACUAUACUCUAUCAAUCACCUAGCUGUGCCACACUUUGAAUGCAGAUGCUAAUGCUAAAUUCUAGUGCAAAUGCUAGUGCUAGUCCUUGUCCUAGUGCUAAAUACAAGUGCUAGUGCUAAAGCUAGAGCUAAUACUAGUGCUAAUGCUAAUAUAAAACUUCAGGAGACUGGUUAAAGGACUUGUCAUUUAAUGUAUCCACACUGACAUCAUGCUACUUGAUUUACUUAAUUAGCCCAGAGUACCCCUGCUUUGUAGUAGGAUGCUAGUAUGAAAAGUAAUGUUGUUACAAAACAGAAAAAAAAAGACAAUAUUGUUUGUGUGAUCUUUCUCUGGGUGUGUCUUCUGACAGCUGUCGUUGUCUCUCUGUGUGGGCUUAAUACAAAUGGACAGACAGAUAAACCGGUUUGAACUGGCUUCAUUAAUUCCUCGUCAUCUGCAAAUUCCUGAUACUCAUCAUCUUGGUAACACAAUGAUUUUGGAUGGACUUAUAAACCUGACUGAUUGGACAAAGCCAACAACAUCCUCUGGUUCCUCCCUUCACUUUCUGUUUGUUUUGGUGGAUGGGAUGAACUGACCUAUCACUGCAGGUGUUGGGAAGGAAAAGGGCGGAGCCGGGCCUAGUGCAUGUAACCUAGCAACAAACUGACAAAUGUUUUUGUGUCUUUUCAACUCUUCUUCACCCCUGUUCGAACCCCAAAACCCUAGCUCCUCCCACCUGCUCCGCCCCUCUCUCCUUUAUCCAAUAAAACUGCACAGCUUUCAGGAGGAUACUGUACCUCUGGUACAGAGAAAACGAAGAGUUUCAAGAGGCUAUGGUAAGCUAUGAGCUGUAGGUGUCUAUAUAUAAAUCCAUACUGUAAAUGCAUAUACAACUUACUUAUUUAUUGAUUAAUGACUAAUGACGAUAUAAUUUAUUAUCGUUGAGGAAAACCGUGUAGUAGAGGUGGAUAAAGAAGGAAGGAUGUCGAAUGAAAGCAACACAUGGCUUUGGAGGCUUGUUCAGGUGUUCAGGUGAGUUUUUCUGAACGUGUUGGGGAGAAGUCUACACAAACCAAUGGAGAGGUGGAGCCAGCUCCACCCCAACCUCCCUAUUCUAAAACGCUCUAAAAGUGGGCUUUUCUAAAACACAAUAGAAGUAUACUGAAUGUUUUAAUUUCAAGCAUAAAAAUAUACUUCAAAUGAUUCUGAUUGGUUGUAUGUAAUGAGAAAGAGAGUAUUGUUUAUUGCGUAUGCCGUAAAGUGCUUGAGAAAGAACCACGGGAGAGCUGAUAUGCUGGACGUAUUUAGCCAUGACCAUGCCUAUGGUCCCUACAUGAUGUUUUAUAUACGCGACGGUGCGUCCAACCAGCCACUUUCCCUGGUUUUCAGUCCUGAGAGGUCUCAGGUUUUCUGGUCGGAAAUAUUUUUGAGGAUAAGAGGCAUUUUAGAAGAAACCCCAACGCAUUUAUUGGAUUCAGAUGUUUCAAAUGUUGCCUUAGGUUCAGUUCUAGCAGUACAGGUAAACUAGGUUCAGUUCUAGCAGUACAGGUAAACUAGGUUCAGUUCUAGCAGUACAGGUAAACUAGGUUCAGUUCUAGCAGUACAGGUAAACUAGGUUCAGUUCUAGCAGUACAGGUAAACUAGGUUCAGUUCUAGCAGUACAGGUAAACUAGGUUCAGUUCUAGCAGUACAGGUAAACUAGGUUCAGUUCUAGCAGUACAGGUAAACUAGGUUCAGUUCUAGCAGUACAGGUAAACUAGGUUCAGUUCUAGCAGUACAGGUAAACUAGGUUCAGAUUUAGCUGUACAGGUAAACUAGGUUCAGUUCUAGCAGUACAGGUAAACUCGGUUGAGAUUUAGCUGUACUGGUAAACUAGGUUCAGAUUUAGCUGUACAGGUAUACUAGGUUCAGAUUUAGCUGUACUGGUAAACUAGGUUCAGAUUUAGCUGUACAGGUAAACUCGGUUGAGAUUUAGCUGUACUGGUAAACUAGGUUCAGAUUUAGCUGUACAGGUAAACUAGAUUCAGAUUUAGCUGUACAGGUAAACUCGGUUGAGAUUUAGCUGUACUGGUAAACUAGGUUCAGAUUUAGCUGUACAGGUAUACUAGGUUCAGAUUUAGCUGUACUGGUAAACUAGGUUCAGAUUUAGCUGUACUGGUAAACUAGGUUCAGAUUUAGCUGUACAGGUAAACUCGGUUCAAAUUUAGCUGUACAGGUAAACUAGGUUCAGAUUUAGCUGUACAGAUAAACUAGGUUCAGAUUUAGAUGUACAGGUAAACUAGGUUCAGAUUUAGCUGUACAGGUAAACUAGAUUCAAAUUUAGCUGUACAGGUAACUAGGUUCAGAUUUAGCUGUACAGGUAAACUAGGUUCAGAUUUAGCUGUACAGGUAAACUAGGUUCAGAUUUAGCUGUACAGGUAAACUAGGUUCAGAUUUAGCUGUACUGGUAAACUAGGUUCAGAUUUAGCAGUACAGGUAAACUAGAGCUGGUAAAAAAGGAUUAAACCCUAAUAUGAUGUCAAAACAUUGUGGCUUAAGCCCUAGAUUAGGGUUUGUAGAGCCUAAAUAAUCCACAAUGAAAUUAUGUAAUGUAACAUAAAAAAUGAUAGGUUAGAAAAACAUAACAUUGCCAGGACGAAUCCACGAGGACAACAGUUAGGUUCAAUCAGAUAAGAGUUAAUAUAGCUUAUAGAUAAAGUUGUAUUAUUACUCUUAAAAAUGUAUUUGUAAAAAUGUAUUUCUUUCUUUUAUUUUGUUGUACAGUUUUAUUUUUUUAUAUCUUUUUUUUCUUAAUUUUUUUUAAUUUUACAUAAAUGAUUUAAGUAUUUUGUUAACUCUAAAUUAAAUAUAUUUAAUAUCUUCAAUAAUUAAUUUUGAAAGAUAGGGGUUGAAGCUAUUGAAAUAUGGAUGUUAACAACUGUACUUUAAGACAUUAUUGCGUAAAUAACAAGCGUUUUAAAAUGUGAGUUAGUAUCAUGUUAUGGGAGAAGGACAUAACAUGUCAUAUUAUGUUAAAUGCCAGUUAUGGGGAUAAAUACCUGCCCAAAUUAUUAUCACUAUAACAAUAUAUUUGUUCUUGUGUUUUGGCACAUCUUCAUAACUUGAGGAAAGGUGUCAGAUGUGCAGAAAAUUUGCAGGAAAGAUGCAGAAAAUGCAGGAUAUGCAGGUCAGGAUGGGGUUUUUGUUAGUCUUCCAGGUACAGUUUGCUCUUCAUUGACAUCCUCCUGCAGGGUCAUACUACGGGACAGACAGUAUUGUACUGUAGUAGAGGUCUUAGUGAUGGAUAGAGCAGGGGGAGAGAGAAAGAGAGAGGGAGAGAGAGAAAAGAUACAGAGAAAUUUGUAAAACGGUACAGAUGGAUUUUCCCUCCUUCAUAAUUAGCAGUUUCAUUUAUUUUUAUAUUAUUUAACCUUUAUAAUAACUAGCAACCUCCUGUGGCCAAAAUACGGUACUGGUUCUGGUCUUGUCUCUCUACUUGGGAGUGAUAGGCAGAAAUAGAAAGAAGCUAAUGUAUCCUCUCUCUCACCUAUUUCUCUCUCUCCGUCUCUCCUGUGCCUCUCGUCCAUGUUCUGAUAGAAGUAAACUGUUACUCAUUCUGUAUUCUGUAUCACCAUGGCACUACUACUGUUCUCCGUGCCCGUAUGACGUGUAUGACACGUCCGUGUCCAUGCUAUAUCAACGUACUAUGGAUGUUAAUAACAAAGUGCUCAUGUGAUCAUA